AUGUCAACCGACGGCCUUGAAGACAAUGGCGAGUUCGACCCGGAGAAGAGUAAAGGGCCCGUAUAUAUAAAAGUCCAUCGCAGGGAUCUAUUGCCUGCGACUCUAGAGGCCUACAAUCUGCCGUGGGAAUGGUGCCUGGAUAACCCUAGUUAUAUCCUCAUAAAAGCCUUCGUUGAUGAGGACCUUCAAGCAGAACUGUUUGCCCAUACGAAUCGUAUCCUGGAAAUGGACGACGACCCGGAAAUCGAAGCAGAAGAUGAUGACCGAUCAACCGUGCACGACCUACUGUCCGAUAGAGACGGGGGCUAUGAUCCUCCAGUGUGCGAUGAGCUCGGACGCUCGCUGAGCGUCGACAUCACUCUGAAGCCCUCGGCGCUUAAACAGUCGGUAGACAGAUUCAGAGUCAAUCCAUCCCGCGCCGAGUAUUCCGGCAGACAGGUUGAUGUCGUCGGCUCUCAGAUAACGGGCGUUGGAAAAGCGGUCCUUUAUCGCGCAAUAGAUGGAGCAGACGAGCUGGAGUCGCAGUUCUCGUGGAUCCACCUGGAUUCCGAGGUCAGAAGCUUGGAUGAAUUUUUGCGCUUCGCGUCAAAUGUGCCGAAGCUGGCAGACGAAGACAGAGCUCUCGUUCUGGCUCUUCUGAAGAGGACUCGGCUGCAGCCUGGGAGAUGGGAUAUGCCCAGCGACGUCCAGCGAUGCGUUGGCGUGAAUCCAACGGCUUCAGAUGGCAUCACCGAGGAGAAGUCGGCCAUAUUCCUUCGUUUCCCCUAUUAUUCGAUCCAGAAAGCGAAAGGACCAGCUCAGUCCCGGACCGGUGCAGGAAAACACUCUCUCAGCCUUCUGCGGUACUUCUACAACCUGGAGUCUACCGGAAAGCGCGACCUCGACCAGGUCAUUCGCAAAGUGGGAUUGUUCCAGCAGGCCGAUAUCGUCCAUGUCUCGCAGUUGUGGGCUGUGAUUGUCAAUUUCCGGUUUCUCAUUACUUGUGCCCCGAUGCCUCUCACAGACAGCGCCAGUCCCUCACUGGAGAUCCUCAAUCCUGAACUCCCAAAAUCAUCACCGUCUGCCUCCAUCAUUUCUGUGGUUGACCAUCGCCGGCGUGUCUUUUUCUUUCCCAUGGAACAGUGUAAAACUUACUUCGGGAUGAGACGUAACGUCAGCGAACAUUGCCUGCCUCCAGACUUUCAAGAUCGCGGAUACGACUUCCAGCUACUAUCGGAUGACAAUGUUGUUAUAAAAGCACAGGACUGGACAAACGUCACAACUUCUCCUUCAUCUACAAUCCUGCGCGUCCACGUCCAGAUAUUAUCAUCAGCUUCCAAGCGGAGUGCCAAGAAGCAAGGUUUCAAGCUCUUUGGGGGGUCUAAAAAGCACAAGUACAGCAAGGCAGUACCGGGGUAUUCAAAAGCAGGUUAUGAUACCAAAGCUCAAAUGCGCCCUGUCCCACCCCCCUCUGGUGUCGUGGUAAAUGAGGAGCCUAAUACUGCGCCAACAAUCUACUUCGAACCAGACAUGAUCCAUUCAGCUUCAUCGACAGCGAAUCAGGCGAACCAGGGUCCAAAAGGUGAAAGGGUAAAGACUGGGAAGGCACAGGGAGUAGACGAAUUUCUCCCACAUCUGCCGGAAAAGACACAGGGAUUGAUAAUGGACUUUCCCCCGGUCUUCACCUGGCCAGUGGGCAGAAGGCAGGCAACCGAAGGGACACCGAGAUCCACCUGUCUUGAUACCUCCACAGCUACAAACAGUCCCAGUCCCGGGACGGGAUCUCCGAACAAACAUGAGACGAUCGAGCAUGUACUGUCCCAUGUGCAUAAGCAGCUUCUGGAGGACGGAACGAAAGGCCACGCGGAAACAUACGCAAAGGGAACAACAAGUUCGUAUUUUGAGGUGGACAAGCUGGUCAAACAACAGUGGAACGCUUCUCUGUCCACCUUGACCGCGACUGUGGAGCAGAAUAGAGAUACUUCCUCACUCUCUCCUUGGGGCAUACAAUUGCAACAAGUAGUGGGCGGUUUAUGCCGGCUAUUCAACUUCUUUGUGCCACUGGCAUACCCAUGUGCUGUCGCGGAUAAGUUCUGGGGAGCCAUACAUGAUCUCCUCACGGUAAUACCCCAGAUAUGUGACAUAUCCAUGAUGCUCGCAUUGAGUACAAGAACACGAGGUCACCGAAGGACUCAAGCAUAUUUUGCUGCCGACCUCAGAGCGCCAGAAUACGCUGACCUUCGAGACGAAAAGGAAGUUGGGCUAGUCACUAAUGAUAUGACUUACUGUUCCAAAUGCGACGCGGGUCAGCAAUAUCCAACAAAAUCCGCGGCGCUGGAACAUGUCUUUACGUGCCAUCUCCCGCCUCCGACUGGGCAACCGGACUUGAGUGCGGAAUCGUGGUGGGUGAUGGACUUUGCUCAGUAUCUGAGCCUUUCGUGCCGAAAGGAUGGGCAGAAAAUCCUUCGAGAGCUCAGUGACCACCUGGCAAGGCUGGAAAUGAUGGCGUCCCAGAUCCAGCACGGAGUGUCGGUGAACGGCACCUUCGAUGAAGAUACAUAUCGAAUCCCAUCCAGCCUCGUCAAUGCAUUUCUGGAUAUUAUAAUGACAGUGUCCGUUGCUGCGGACGUUGCAAAGAGUGUCUAUAUGUCUCGACAAGCAUACACCAGUCCUGACCCUAUUCCAUCCUUCCUCUCGCCCUUCGACUCGCGCAGGCUUGCCAAUUUCGGAGCUGACGCAGAGUCGUGCAUGGAGGAUGCAUUAAAGGAUAUUGCGCUGAUGACAUACACAGACGAAGUGUCCGACAUUGUCACAUACGAGGCCGUGAGCCCGAGCUUGCUGCUGGCUCUUGUUAUUGGGGACACUUAUCCAUGCAAGGUGGCCGGGAGUAGACGUGUUAAAUUGGUCCAGAUCUACCGGGAUUACAUCUUAACUCUGCAAUUCAAAGCCAGCCAGCACGCGCACCGCCGGCUGCUACAGGAUAUCUAUCUCGUACGGGAAGAGCUCCUGAUAAUCCAAAGAUUAUCAGAUGAACAACGCCGUGCUCUAGGCAACUACCGGAAUGUCCUCAGACCAUCGUCCUUCACGAUUACGACCGAGUCCCGCAUCUCCUCGUUCCAGCUGGAGGAAGCGCGACUAAACGAACUCAUUUCCCAGGUUGACGCAGACCUCGCCGUCAUGGACAGCCUAUUCGAGAGACUUGACUCGCUCGCCGCGCAAACCCUCAACGGAGUGGAGGUGAAACAGGAGGACCAAGGGAAAGCUAUCCUGGUGUUUACCAUUGUAACUAUCGUGUUCAUGCCGCUGUCCUUUGUGACCAGCUAUUUCGGGAUGAAUACGGCUGAUAUCCGGGACAUGGGACGCUCGCAGGCACUAUUCUGGGCCGUUUCACUGCCUUUAACUACUGUGAUCAUUUUAUUGACCUUGUUUGUGGCGUUCAAUGCGGAGCAGAUUCGAGCAGCGCUUGGUGUAUUGCUGGGAUAUGGCCGCAUGCCAAUACGAACAGCGGCUCGUCAAGCUUCUCCCAGCAGGGACCUCGAGAAGUACUCUGGAUCCUCCACCGACGUAAAAUGGUGGGAGAAAAAACGGCGUUCGAGGCGACAUUCCGUAGGUUACGACUCUGACCUUUAG